AUGAGCACUGCUACCGGGGUCUAUCAAUCCUUGGAUAAACUUGCGGAGUUCCUCGGAUUCGAUACAGUGCAAGCACUCCAGUUAUGGAUGCGGGGAGCGUUAUGCAAGCCAUACUGGGAUGAAUACACGCGUGGAUGUACUGAAGUUGAGUUAUCCAGGGGUAAAAAGGCAAGGCUGGUAGACUGCCGCUCAGUACUGAAGCAUCUUGCCGAAGGCGAAGCUCAAGGACACCGGAAAUUUUCCAGUGACUUUCCAGAUACACCUAAUUGGAAGCUCAUAGACUGGCAGGCAAGGCUUCUCUUCAAGAUACGAUCUGUGAAUCAAGCAGAUAGACAUGGCAUCUUCUAUGGCAAGAAUAUGAACGAGAUUGAGAUGGCCACCAGAGCCUGGCAAGUGAUUUUACGGCUGAACUUGGAUGCAUCUCGUGAAAACAGGCCAAAUAAAAGGGUGAAGGCAGCGGGGGAGUUUGACCACUGGCGAACCGGAGACGGUGAAGCUAUCCCUAUGCCAGUUAACCCUGACGGUGGAGCCGCUUGUGUUGUAUGGACUGAUAUUCCGACGGAGAUGGAAAAGAACGGCCAGAAAACAACGAUUACUCUAACCGGGCUGGUCCACUACACCUACGAACAAUUCCUUAAAAAAAUCUGCUGUGAACUGCAGUUGAAGGAAUGUGGAUAUGAAAUCGACCAAUUAUCUGUUACUGGUGACCCUAUCUGCAGCAAUUCCUUCAAGGAAUUUUUGAAACUUGCUGCUGGUUUGAAGAAAAAGGUGGUGGUUGAUUUGACUACCAAGAACUGUCCUGCAGAACUAGAUAUACCCUCGAUUGAAAAUGAAGAAGAUACUUCAAGGAAGCUCUCAUUUGACAUCAUGGUUGCCGAAAAGGUGACCUCAGGAUUUGACUUGAAAAACCGCUUCUGCAAAUGGUCCUUGAUACAAGAGGUGACUAGAUCCUUUCCUUCGCGUAUCAACAGCGAGUGUGAGCUUUUAACGGAAGGCAUUGAUGCUAGAGGGGACACUAUAAGAUGGUUACAUACAUCCAAAGACUCCGACGGUGUCCAGGGAGAAGCUAGAGAUGGACUUAUACUGUGUGAGCCAACAAGUGAGGACCUUCAACGGUACCGUGAGCAGGAAAAGUGGAUUGACAACAAAGAUCUGCAGCGUCAGGGCCAUCCUGAAGCUUGUAAAGCCCUUGGGAUCCCAAACCCGGAUAUACCUCGUUUACCAGGAAUGCUGGUCAGCGCCAAGUUCGAGUUUUGGCAGCCUCUGGCUAUAAAAGCCAUCAAAGAAUUUGAAGAAGGCUAUCUCCGUGGAGGUAUUCUAGCCGAUGAUGUAGGAAUAGGGAAGACUUUUGAGGCUAUUGGUUUGGAACAAUAUCAUUGGAACCUGAGAAAGGCUGCUCUGGAGUCAAACCUAGAGGUAGCCGCUCCUCGGCCAACUCUUAUUGUCGUCCCACCAAAUUUGAUCCAUCAAUGGGCUUCGGCAAUCAAAUCCAUAUCAUCAGACCUAGUCGUGAAAAUAUACUACGGGGGAAAACACCAAACUAGCGCAGAUGGAACAGAGUAUCUAACAGAUAUACUCUCCAAAGACAGUGAAGUAUUCUCUCAGACUGAGGAAGCUGCACGAACGACUAUCAUCACCUCGCUUCGCACCUUGACUUCACGCCAUGGCCCCUCUGUCUUGAAAAAAGUAAUUCGAAAUGAAAUCUGGGAAAAAGAUGAGUCUACCCCUUAUGCUUCUGUCAUGGAGGCUGUGAAUGACAGAAUGAAAGGGAUGAAGAGCGCUCCCGCGUGGUGGCGUCAUAAUCUGAAAGGGCUUUUUAAAAGAGUCAUCGUGGAUGAAGCUCACGAAAUAAGGAAAAAAAAACAUCUUUACAGCAGUCACUUUACGCUGUUGGAGCCGCAUAAGGAUCCCUGGUCAAAGGAGUCCUUGGAAAAACUCGGUGUAUUUGCUACUGACGCGUGGAAUACCACGACCGGUAGUGAAGAGUUUGAUCCCUGGGAUAUCAAAUCCGACGAACCGGCUUCUUGUCUUCGAUAUACCUCGGAAUCUGUUGAGUAUCAUAUAAUCAAAGGAAACAUUUCUUUGGUCACUAAAGGUGAGAGAAUGAGGGAGGUCCUAAAAGCAUGUAUGAUCAAGAGAUCAUACGGGUCUUUAGUUGAUGGCCAGGUUGUGGGCAAGGCUCUGCCAGCCGUUCAGAAUAUAUCUGUCAACCUUGCGUUCACCCCGGAAGAACAAAAAAUAUAUGAAGGAGUAUUUGGUGACUGUAUGGCACAAGCUCCCAGGGGCCGACGGGGCAAGAACGAUGCUAGAGGCACCAUAAGCGCCUCAAAAUUCAGAAGGCUCUGUCUAGUUACAACUUGGACAGAGUUUGAUCAUAUUGCCCCCUCAUAUACAGCAAAGAAGUUAAAUGACCGCCGAAAAAACGGAGUAUUGCAUACACGCACGAUCUUGAGGGAUAUUCACCACGCAAAACGACAGAGGCCUUAUCAUAUAGCAGACCCACCUGAAAUCCGGGCUGAAACCCAGAUAGAUCCCCUGCCUUCGGAGGAUAAUAUCAGGGAGAUACUGCAGUGCCACUGCCGUGGCUCACCAAAACUACGAUAUCUUCUACAGCUAGUAGCAGAGUUGGUAAUUCUACGCAAGGAAAAGCUGCUGAUAUUCGUUACCAUGCCUGCUCAAGUCCUUUGGUUAGAGAGUGUAUGGAUCAUUCAUAUCUUCUAUUUUGCCGGCAAUCCGCUAAUGUUACUCUUCAGGUCUUACAGCUCCUUGACCUAG